CUUUGUUGGCUACAAGGUCCAUGCCGAUUGGCAGGUGGGAGCGAUACCCUCUGUUCAGUUCUGCUGCGUGUAUGAAACACACAAGCGUCGGGGUGAGCCCGUCGAUCGAAGAAAGUUGCGCGCAUCAUCACUGUUGUCUCCAUGACGUACACCGUGUCCACCCCGCGCAGUACAGGUCCAAGCGCCAGCCCCGGUCUGGACGGAACCAGCAGCAGCGCGUCGACUCUAUCACGGGCAGGACCCAUCAAGCCGCCGAAGCCGUCCCAUCUGUCGUCCGCAUUCACAGGGACGCUCAAUAGCGAAGCUUUCAGAGAGUACGUCAGUGCACAAAUCACAAACGAUGGCCAAUCUUCAUACUCGAGCAGCGGGGUAGGGCAGCGGCAGGGGCAGCAUGACGGAAGAGCUGUGUGGGACGAGUGUCGAAUGCAGCAAGUCGCAAAGCGAGCAGCCGAAGAGCAGGUGCUGGCCGCUGACGCGAGUAGCAACAGCAAUGGGCGAUACCAUGUGGAUGUCCCAGAGUCCACACUCGGCUCCCACAGCAGGCUCGACGACGGCAUGAGCACUGCCCGCUUUUCAACCGCUAGAAGCAUGCUCAUUGCCGAUGAAGAGGACAGCGAGGAAGCAAAUCGAACGCAAAAGCCCAGAAAGGCAAAGCAGGCGAAUGGCUCGACCUCAGCACACAUACUGCAAAGUCUGUUCGACCCACCGCCUUUUCCAACUGCAACCCAGAGCUCCGUUGACGCGUGGAUCACAUCAACGCGAGUACACCUACCCGAAGAGAGGUACAAUAAUGGCCAGCAACAGUCACCCGAUGAUCUGGAACGUGCCGCGUGGAAUGGAGCAGGAGGAGCCGAAUCGGAUGAUGAAGGCGCCUUGGUUGCAGCUAGUAGCGGUGGCAACAGCAACGCCCGAGGCCAUGAUCGCUUCGUCAGCUCGGCUAGCAUGCUUACUGUCAAAGGAAUCAAUCCUACCGCAAGUCAUGCUGCGAACGUGCUAGCCAAAGCCAUUUCGAGCGGGAAAAACAUGGUGGAAACGCCUAUCCUCACUGAAGUCGCGGCAGAUGAUGUGCUUCCGAAAGGCUCCGAACAGACACACCUACGAGACGAGCCAUCUGCCGCAAUCCGGAAUCUGUCCUUUGGCACCGUAGUGGCUCAGCAGCUCAGCUCACUGGGGACACCCACGCCCAAUAGCGCGUCGACUGCCUCUCAGAACACGGACCGUGCGAGUGCUGUCGACCCAGCCGCAGCGGUCGAUUUAGGGUCGGUCGCCCCAUCGCCAUACGAGAGCUCGCUGAAUCAUUCAGCGCGCACAUCCAUCGUCAGCCAGGCGCCAAAUGCCCACGAUCUCACCAAGGGUAACAUGAUUCUGCGCAACGGCCAGGGCUUUGACAUGCAGGACAUCAAUGGAGCUUUGAGCGACGCUCUGCCUCCAAAAAGUGCUACCACAGAAGCGACUGCCACUGUUUCUUCGGCUCGCGCGGAAGAGCCCGCACCUUUGAAAGUAGCUGAGGAGGAUUUUGCUCCUGCUGUUCCGACCGUUUCGCUCCCACCGGGCCGACCGGCCCGUGCUCUGUUCGACAUUGUCGGCGAAGCAGCAUUCAAUGAGCUCUCGCUCCGCGCUGGGCAGUCGUUCGAAAUUCUAAGUGAAGCGCUUGCCGGCGGCUGGUCCCUUGCUGUUGUCAGGGCUAGCACCAAGCCUGAUGCGCCGCUGGAACAACGCUUCGACCUGCACGGCUUGGUGCCAAAUGGAUGGUACUGCUACAUUCAAGACUUUACCAUGAUCCCUCCUCCAGUCCAUGACGUUGAGCCAGCGGGAGCAGCAGCUGCAUUACAGGAGCAACCAGAAGGACCGCGCGUUGACGCACAGCAGACACUCACGAACUUCGCGGCGACGACGCCCCACCCUCUGUCGCGCCAGGGCUCCUGCGAGACUCAGGGCGUGAGCGCGGGAAAUCCGACCAAGCCGGUCGUGGACAUGCGUGUCGCUUCGCAGGCGAUUCUUUCGUCCGCCGACGCAAAAACAUCUACCGCCAAUGGCAACGCCUCUGACGCGAGCGGCAAGCGCCACAGCAACGCGAUCGGCGCUCUAAGUGCAUUCCGCAGCAUGUCUGCAUCACAAGAAGUGACCCCUUCACCUUUGGCGACUGCGCAAGAUCUUCAUAGCCUGGAAGACGAGGGCGAGGUAAAAGAAGGAAAGCCAAGCUGGCUCUUCGGCGGCAAAAGCCUCAACCGAUUUAGCAACUUUGUCACCAGUGGCGUCGAAGACUAUCUCCUCUCGCCCACUUCCGUCAACCAAGACCGAACAACGCUCUCUGCGAUGCAGCGCAGCAGCUCGAACGCAGAACAGAGUCAGCACUUUGUCGUCAGCGGCUCGCACGGACCUCGCUGGAAGGAAAAGUCCCGGCCAUUCGUUGUCAGUGUGCACAGUCCGCAAAAGCGCUUCAAGAUGAGCGGCAUACAAGAGUACACCGUCUUUCACGUUACCUCGACUUUCCCACCCGAGGCAGCGGAAGAGGACGAGUACAAUAAAGAAGGGACACAGACGGAUGCAGAGGGCGAGCUGCCGUACGACCCGGCGGAGAUGCCUGACGCAGUCGGAGCCAUCCUCACCGUCGUGCGUCGCUUCAACCAAUUCGUCUGGCUCGCUACUGUGCUCGGCCGAAGGUAUCCAGCGCUGGCGCUGCCUGCACUGCCGGAAAAGCAAUACUCUGGUCGCUUUUCCGCUUCCUUCAUCGAGACUCGUAGGGUCGACCUGCAGCUCUGGCUCAGCCGCAUCGCUCGUCAUCCGAUCCUGCGCUACGAUGAUGCGCUGAUGCUCUUUCUCUCAGAGAGCGACGAGAUUGAAUGGAAAAGGCAAGCACAAGGCUACCUCACAGAAACGCGCUCUUACAACCCAGCUACGCUCUUUGCGCAGACCUGGCAUCCGGAGUUCAACAUUGAUGCAGCAGAGGCCGCGCUUGAGAGCGAUGCUGUGGACCGCUUCGAAGCCGCCAAUGAAAAAGCCAUCAAUGGCAUGUUCAGAGUGCCUGCCAAUCUGAACGGAUCCCUUGGCGUCAUGCCCGCCUGGCGCGCCUUCCGUGAUGAUGCAGUCUCCACCUCUCAAGCGCACCGAGAGCUCUCAUUCGCGUUGCUCCGCCUCAUCAAAGGUCAUCUCGCCGCUGAUGCAGGAGCUUUGCAGACCAGCUUCCAGCAUGGCCCGCCCAUGGGCAAUGUCGGCCGACGCAGUGACUCGGGUGUGAACAAUGAGCAGGGAGCCUGGUGCUGGCGUGACGGCUGCAUCGAAUGCAUCGGCCUCACGAAGGCACUACAAGGAACUGCCGAGUGUCUGCAAGAGAUCGCCGAUAUUCAUGAGGAGCAUGCACGCCUGGACAUGUUGCGACAGCACGAGCGUUUAAAAGAUGUCUCACGAAUGCAUGCGCACGCAUUGAAUCUUCUGGACACGCACAAGGCCACACUCGCCAGGUAUAGAGAAGCGACAGGCGAAGCGGACCCUCUGGCUGAGGACAUAUCGUCGCCACCGCCCUCAAAGCCUAGCAGCCGAUACUCGGAGGCGGUCGCUGCCAAAUGCGAGACCGUACUGAAUGUCACCAGCAGCGAGAUAGAUCGCUUGCAUCGCGAACGGGUAGAAGACUGGGCAUCUAUUGGAAAGGGCGUCCUCGACAGCGAAAUUGAAAAGCAUGAAAAGAUCCUGGAGCAACUUCGCACGGCUCGCGCUAAUUAUGAUCCGGAAGAUUGGCACGAGCACGCACACGGCGGGCCGGUGUUGCCAACUCCACAUGAAGCAGCCCUGGCGGACGCUCGCUCCCGAAUUGCACUUGCUUUGCCAUCGCAACAGGUAUUGCCUCCAGGCGUGACAGCCGCCGCUUUCCGUCCCGUCAGCUUGGCCACCGAGGUCAUAGCCGAAGGGGUGAACUCGUUCAUCCGCGGCAGCCCGCAACCUGAAAAGGAGAAGGGUAGCGCUCUUAAUCCCAAAUCUACGACCUAUCACGGCACAGCGACCAUCGGUAGAAGCCUCUCGGCCAACCAUGUAUUAGCUUCCAAACGUACACCGUACUUUGGACUGUGGCGAUCUUAAUCUUUGAUUUCAUUAUUGCAUCAUUGCAUUAUCGCAUCAUUAACGAAACAUUGUAUAGCACUGCAAU